GCACAAUGCACUCGUCCAAGCUCUUUGCCGCCGUCCUGGCCUUCUCGGGCGUCGCGUUCAGUCAUCCCGGCCACGACAUCGCCCAGGAGGCUGCCGAGCGCCGUGCCUACCUCGACAACGUGGCCCGAGCCGAUCUCAGCCACUGCGCGGACAAGCUUGCCAGCCGCGGCGUCACCGCCCGCAACGUCGAGCGCCGGCUCGCCACCGUCCGCCGGGCCCGCGAGAAGCGCUCCAUCACCCGCCGCGACCUCGACAGCGUCCUCGCCAAGGACCACAACGCCACGUCCCUGGGCUACACGCCCGAGACGGACCCCUCGCUGCUCUUCGCCGGCAACACGUCGUGCAUCCUGACGCCCGAGGUCACCCAGGGCCCCUACUACGUCUCGGGCGAGCACGUCCGCGCCGACAUUGCCGAGACGCAGGCCGGCGUGCCGACGGUCCUCGACUACCAGGUCAUCGACGUCAACACGUGCGAGCCCGUGCCCAACGUCUACCUCGAGAUCUGGCAUUGCAACUCGACGGGCGUCUACUCGGGCGUCGUGGCCCAGGGCAACGGCGACUCCAGCGACACGACCAACAUUGACGCCACCUUCAACCGCGGCAUCCAGCGCACCGAUGCCGACGGCGUCGCCCAGUUCGAGACGACCUUCCCGGGCCACUACACGGGCCGCGCCACCCACAUCCACACCCUCGUCCACUCGGGCGCCCGCCUCUACUGCAACGGCACCCUCGGCAACCUCGUCAACUCGAGCCACGUCGGCCAGACCUUUUUCGACCAGUCCCUCAUCUCCGCCGUCGAGGCCGUCGAGCCCUACGUGCCCAACACCCAGGAGCUCACCCUCAACUCCGAGGACAGCAUCCUCGCCGAGGAGGUCGCCACCGGCGCCGACCCGUUCUUCCAGUACACGUACCUGGGUUCCACCGCCGCCGACGGCAUCUUUGGCUGGAUCGCGUUCGGGUACAACGCCUCGGCCCCCGGGUCCGCCGUCACUCCGGCCUCGUUCCUGUACGAGGAUGGAGGCGUUGCGAACCCUGACAGCGGCAUGGGUGGCGGUCCCGGUGGUGGCUCUCCUCCCAGCGGCGGCUCUCCUCCCAGCGGCUCCCUUCCUAGCGGCACCCCUCCUGCCAGUACCGCAUCCGCUUAAGUGAUUGCGGGUGCUAGUGUGGGUGUCAGGGUCACGGGCUGGUCUUUUAUCUAGUUCAUCUUGGGCCGAGUCCCCGGUUUAGUGCUGUGAGGAUGCUACUAUAAAGUGCUGGCAACAGGCCAAACUCUCGGAGCGCUUAGACAGAAACCAGAUCCAACUCACA